UGCGCGCCGCCCGCCCUGGCGCCAGCCGCAGCCUCACCUCGGACUCGGGCUCGGGCCCGGCGCCCGAACGCGGCAUUCCGGGCCAAGUGGACUUCUACGCGCGCUUCUCGCCGUCCCCGCUCUCUAUGAAGCAGUUCCUGGACUUCGGAUCCGUGAAUGCUUGUGAAAAGACCUCAUUUAUGUUUCUGCGGCAAGAGUUGCCUGUUAGAUUGGCAAAUAUAAUGAAAGAAAUAAGUCUUCUUCCAGAUAAUCUUCUCAGGACUCCCUCAGUUCAAUUGGUACAAAGCUGGUAUAUCCAGAGUCUUCAAGAGCUUCUUGAUUUUAAGGACAAAAGUGCUGAAGAUGCUAAAACUAUUUAUGACUUUACAGACACCGUGAUACGGAUCAGGAACCGACACAAUGACGUUAUUCCCACGAUGGCCCAGGGUGUGAUUGAGUACAAGGAGAGCUUCGGGGUGGAUCCUGUCACCAGCCAGAAUGUUCAAUACUUUUUGGAUCGUUUCUACAUGAGUCGCAUUUCAAUUCGAAUGUUGCUGAAUCAGCACUCUUUAUUGUUUGGUGGGAAAGGCAAAGGAAGCCCAUCUCAUCGAAAACACAUUGGAAGCAUAAAUCCGAACUGCAAUGUAAUUGAAGUUAUUAAAGAUGGCUAUGAAAAUGCUAGGCGUCUAUGUGAUUUGUAUUAUAUUAACUCUCCCGAACUAGAACUUGAAGAACUGAAUGCAAAAUCACCAGGACAGCCAAUACAAGUGGUUUAUGUACCAUCCCAUCUCUAUCACAUGGUGUUUGAACUUUUCAAGAAUGCAAUGAGAGCAACGAUGGAACAUCACACUGACAAAGGUGUCUACCCACCUAUUCAAGUCCAUGUCACACUGGGUAAUGAGGAUUUGACUGUGAAGAUGAGUGACCGAGGAGGUGGUGUUCCUUUGAGGAAAAUUGACAGACUCUUCAACUACAUGUACUCAACCGCACCCCGGCCUCGAGUGGAGACGUCCCGAGCGGUGCCUCUGGCUGGUUUUGGUUAUGGAUUGCCCAUAUCACGACUUUAUGCACAAUACUUCCAAGGAGACCUAAAGCUGUAUUCCCUAGAGGGUUAUGGAACAGAUGCAGUGAUCUACAUUAAGGCUCUGUCAACAGACUCAAUAGAAAGACUCCCCGUGUAUAACAAAGCUGCCUGGAAGCAUUACAACACCAACCAUGAGGCUGACGACUGGUGUGUGCCCAGCAGAGAACCAAAAGACAUGACGACAUUCCGUAGUGCCUAGAUAUACUGGGACACCUGAAAGAUCCAAACGUGGCUUUUGUAUUAAAUUUGGAAGAGAUGGUGUCAGAACUACCUUAUACCAAAUACUUCACGUGUCGUUUUCACAAUUAACUAUUUGGGUAGAAUAAAUGGAUAGUGAAUUCCAUUUAUGCCUGUUAAACCACCUAAAGGAUGAAAUUGUACCUAUUUUACACUUACAUUUUCACAGUUAAGUGAAUGUAUUUUUAAGUAACCGUAGUUUUGGUCAACUUUCCUCUUUACGGUAGACUUCAGAAGCGUGGACGUUUUUGGGUUUCUAAGGGAAGCUGUGUGUUUUUUUUUUAAAUACUUUGCAUUUAUGUCUGCUGGAAACGUUUUCUUAACGAUACUGAUUAGCUAGUUAGCCAUCUUUCUGUUUUUUGGAGGAGUUCUGCCAUCCUUUAGUAAUGACAGCUAAUAAGAUGAUCUUCAGAUUUACUAGUGACUAACUACAAGUAAAGCAGAAAGCAGUUGUCCUGUAAGUGUAGAACCAGCCACUUUUCAGCAUCUACAUGCAUUCUCUUCACUCUGAAGUUAAUUUAUCAUUUUUUAAUAUUAUUGCAAAAAAUUGUAGCGACUGGUUCCCUAUGGAGCUAAGCCAAGAUCCUGGGCAAUCUACUUUGAAUAUACUUGUGAUUAAUGCAAGGGGAAAUUUUUAUACUAAAAACAAACUAGCACUGCUAAAAUUCUAGAGAGGAAAUUGAGGGCAAAGCAGUGAGUCCCAAAACCUUGAUUGAUAGGAUUAUCUGGGGGAGCUUUUGAGAAACAAGAGUUUUUCUGGGUGCUACUCCAGACAUACAGAAUCAGACUCUCUGUGGCUGGAUCCCAGGAAUCUCACUUUUUAAAACGCUUCCCAGGUGAGUCUGAUGCCUCGCCAAUUUAGGAAACCACUCGUUUAAAGUGAGUAACAAUGAUACCACAUUUGCUAAAGUAACAUCUUUCGGUUUUGGUUUUCACCUAUUGAAAGGUCAGACUCUAGACUCUAGGAGAUACAAACUGAAUCUCAGACCUGGUGCAAUUAGAAGCAGGAGACAAAUUGACAACGGGAGAAUAGUCAGGUAACCGAAGGAUCAGAACAAAUGCACAAGUGUCGACAAAGAACUUAACAUCUUAUAAAAAAUGCCUAGACUUUGUUAUCAGGAAAAAAUCAACCUGGGCUUAUCACAACAAUCCUUUGCAUUCGUAUGGUAAUUUGUAGUUUACAAAUACUUUGGUGUAUUACGAUAACUCCGUUGGGCUUUAAAACAGAGAGAUAUGGAGCAGGUCGUUAUCAUACUCAUUUUGAGAUUCAGAAUGUGGCCCAGAGUCGCACAGAAUUGGAGUCAGGGCCCAAGCUGUAGGUGCCAGUCACUCUGUCAGCCACCAAGACUGGAAGACCGUGGAGUUAGGAGACUAUGUUAGUCAUACCUCAUCUUCUUUUAAGGUGACAGGGAGAUACAUUGAAAAUAAAUUUUAAAGUAAGAUUUUAAAUGUUUAAAGAACUGCUUUACUACUUAAAUGGGGAACUUUGUUUAUCUCGAAAAUACAUUGAGUUGAAACACCUCAUUCUCAAAAGGAUUACGUCAGCUUAACAAUUCUGUAUACAUUUGUAAAUUGGAAGGGAUGUUAAAGGGCAGUUAGUCCAGGCUCCUCGUGUGAGAGAUGACAAUCCUGAGACUCAGAGUGUGUGGUUCGCCCAGGGCUGCUUAGCUAAUUUGACCAAAUGCUGGAAAAAGAAAUCUUUAACCUAUUGUUCCUUAAUAUGGAUUUUGUGAAAAACAAUAGGAUAUGCUAUUACAUGACUUAUAUUGGUUAAAUAUAUUAUGAUUUCUUAGCUUUAAAUUACACUUUUCUUAUAAUGAUGAAGUAUUUUAGAAUCCUUUGAAUCUAAGUAUUCACUUUCUUUCCCAAAUGAGACAUUUGUACAACUGACAUAAAGUUGAUGUUUUUACACUCUUCCCCCUGCAAAGAAAGUAAAGUUUUUCCUCUUUAAGAGCUAAGAAAUGGUAUUUUGAAACGAAAAGUGAAAUAUUUUCCUUUAGCUUCUUUUUAAGGUAUAACUGCUUUUUUACCUUGUUAUUGUGAUAAUGGACAGAAAAUUACAUAAUAAAAAUAUUUGGAGGGUAGCAGUCUGCUGGUUGGUUUUAAAUCAUUGUGCUACCUGAAAAGUUUUUAGUUUUUAGAUUCUUAAACUAUUUUGUCCACCAGCAUUUAAUGUGAUGCCAUGUAGAUAAAAAUAUAUGCUAAAGGAUAAGAAGUGGAUACUAAGUGAUUUUUAUAACCUGGGCAUUUAAUGAACGUGCCAACAUUUUUUAGGAAGAAUUGCAAAAAUAUUCUACCCUAUACUUAAAAUACUGGUUGGCUUUAGAUGUCUUAAUACUUAGUAGUGAUCACUUUCUUGCACUGUGUAGCUUUACAUGAAGAUGUUGAAGUGGAAGUCUACCAUAUUAUUUUAUAAAAUGUUUUGUGUAAGGCAAUAAACUGAAAACAUGGAUCAA